AUGGCGUCUAUACAGACCCCGUGGACCUUGAUCUUGCUACAGGAGAAGCCUGGACUUCACGAAUACAACCAUGCUCUCUCGAAUGUCGAAAAGUACUACACUCGCUUACAGCGAGCCAUGCAAGAUGGAGCAAUCCAUGAUCAACUUGUUCUCAAACCUGACCAGACACACUCACGUCUUUUGAGAUCCUUCGAUAUCUUACGGGCAAAGCAGCUACCAAGUCCUGUUGCCGAGGAGAUCUUCAAGACCAUGGUCCUCCCGUUUGUUCACGAUAAUAUCUUCUCGCCGUCACAGAUGAUCCAACUCGUUGGAGCCGCACUACCUCUCAUCACCAAACAACACUCUCAAUUUCUAUGUGACAUUACCAACACCCUCCUCUCUUCACACGACCUAUUCGAUCACCUUGUGGCCAACGAAAAAUACACUGUGGUUUUGAAGGAAUGGUUGCUAUCAAAAAGGAACCACCUUCCCAUAGCUCUCUCCAGGCAGGUCGGAGACAGGUUAAUUUCCAUGUGCAAUGCCUGUUCUGCUGAUCACGGAACGGGUGGUAUUGUUGAGAGCUGGGAUAAUGCUCAGAAACUGAUCGAAUCGAUCAACUCGCUGAUUGACACGUCCUACAAACAAGAAUUGAAACGAGUCAAGGUAGAAAAUCUGCCUCCGCUGGAAUCAAUGAAAGUGCUGAAUCGGGAAGACAAGAAGUCGAUUCCAGCAAAGCAAGGCACCAAGAAGGAGUGCGAGAACGAGUUCAAGGUCUCAGAGGAGAUCCUUCAACGGAUGAACCAUUUCAAACUCCCCCCACCAUUGUCCGCCCGAGGCCUCACCCAUUCAGGGGAGCAGCUCCAGAACGAGAUAAUCCCCGCGCUUAUGCGCUCUGCCCUGGAAAGCUUUCCAUGCAGAAUCUGUUUGGAUAGGCUCACUACUGGCGGUCUCGCAGGCACUCUGGCCAGCUCAGCAGACCUGCCCUUGGAUCGAACUACAGCGCCGGGCAGUGCCCAGGACAUUUUCGGAAUACGAGUCGGAGACUUUGGCGGGGUUGAACAAAAGCUCAGAGAUUUGGCAAGCGGCGAAUGGAAAGGGAAAGAUCUAUCUCGACGGGUGGGAUCUAAACAACAGAAAAAAAGAAUGCAAGUUCCUAUCUUGGAAGUGAGCGCUUCCACAACUGUGUCAAUCCUGUGGCAGGUUGAUGUCGGCUUUUACGAUGAACUUCCAUGGGUGCAGCAGCAGAUCGUCAAAGUUUGGCAAAUCGUGACCUUGGAAGAGGAGCUGGAAACUUCCAUUGAGCAAAUAAUUUCGAUUCAAGAAUCCUACACUCCUCAGCUUGCUCGGCUCUGUUUGGAACGGCCAGUUGAACAGUCCGACGGAACCUGGACACCACAACGGUUCCAGAACGUGAAGGAGACUGGGUAUAACCAAAUGAGAUCGAUUUCUUCCUCCAAGACCAGCCCUGCUUUGAUCGAGAUGUCAAACAAGUUUUACAACCUCACUGAGCCAUUUUUGAAGUCAAUAAUGGAUGAGAAUGGUACGGAAGAGUUCCCGUUUGAUCUCUCGCCGGAAGAAUUAGAGAUUGUCAAGCACUUCAGCACUUCGAGUUUGAUUUUAGGACGAAGCGGUACAGGAAAAACCACCUGUCUACUGUUUAAGAUGCUUGCCAAGCACAAAGCAAGGCAGUCAGCCUCAGAUGGGCAGCAAGCUCGACAGCUUCUCUUAACUCGUUCCUCCUAUCUGGCGUCAAAGCUUCAAACAUAUGCCAAAAGUUUGAUCGAUGCUCAAUCUAAGGCACUUUCGGCCGAAGAAGAUGUCGAUUCGGACUUGAAACCGACUUCAUUCUUUGCCCUGAAGAACUGGCAUUUCCCGGUCGUCUGUACAUACGACGAAUUCCUUGAGCUUCUGGAGAAUACCAUCAGAAUGGCUGAUCGAAAGGAUUUCCUACGAGAUAUCAAUCCCAACAAGACAAAGGAUCUGGAACCACAAGCGGGAGACAAGCCACGGGUGAUUGACUUCAGCAUUUUCAAAACGGAAUAUUGGGGCUCUCUAGGUGGAUUGGCUCCACCAUCUUGCUCUCCAGAGCUCCUCUUCGCAGAGAUCAUGGGUGUCAUUAAAGGUUCCAGCGUCACGGCAAAAAGCCUGAAACCGUUGUACCGCGCAGAAUAUGUCAAGAAAAAUGCGAAAGCUUCUCCCGCCUUUACUUCUGAAGCAGAGCGUGAGAAAGUAUUUGGAGCCUUUGAGCGCUAUGAAAAGCAAAAGAAGCUUCGCAAAGAGAUCGACGAGUUGGACCGUGUCAGUGCCUUGCUGAAGUCUUUGAGAAAUCACAAAACUCUAGCGGAGCAGAUUCAGCGCUGCUUCGAGGAAAUCUAUGUUGAUGAGAUCCAAGACUUGCGUUGUCUCGACGUUGUCUUACUUUUGGGCUGCCUCAGUGACGCCCGUGGGAUUCAUCUCGCUGGUGAUACAGCCCAAUGCAUCUCCAAAGAUUCGGUCUUCCGCUUCCCUGAGAUAAAGGCUCUGUUCUACGAAUAUUACGAAGUCAUUUCCAAUGAACUCAAUCAGCCCUCAUUUGCUAAGCCAGUUCAAUUCUCUCUGGCGAAGAAUUAUCGCUCGCAUCAGGGCAUUUUAAGUUUCGCAUCAUGGGUGAUGCAGCUACUUUGGCAAGGAUUCCCGGAAACGAUUGACAAAUUGGACCCAGAGAUUGGCUAUAUUGGAGGGCCGAAGCCAAUAAUCUUUGCGGGAUUUGACUCCUCCAUCCUUUCUGCCAAAAUGAUUGGCCUUGUCAAGCUCAACGACAAGGUCGCCGACUUUGGCGCCGAGCAAGUCAUCCUUGUCCGAGAUGAUGCAUCAAAAGACAAACUGCAAACUCAAAUUGGCGAGAUUGCCCUUGUCUUGACAAUCCUAGAAAGCAAGGGUAUGGAGUUUGAUGAUGUCUUGGUAUAUGACUUCUUCGGCAGCAGUGGACUUGGAAGUAGCUACCGCUGCCUUUACAUGCUUGUUCACGGAGCACGAGCACAGUUUGAUUCGCAGAAGCAUGCGGCUUUGUGUUCUGAACUUAAGUCACUUUAUGUUGCCAUUACACGAGCCAGAAAACAGCUUUGGUUCAUGGAGACACAAGAGAACAGCAUUGACCCCGUUCUUCAAACACUCUCACAGAGCAACAGCCUCGAGCUCGCUGAAGUUGUGAAACAGAAAGACCCUAAUGUUGCGGCAAAGAUCAUGGUUCUGCGGGCCGGGGGCUCAGUGGACCCAGACAGGUGGCUCAAGAGAGCAGCACAUCUUCUCCAUCGGAAGAGCUUUGCGGAGGCAUUGUUUUGCUACAAGAAGGCGAAUGAUCCCCGGGGAAUGACACACUCGCAAGCCUGUUUGUACGAGCAAGAAGGAAGAUCCCACCGAGCAGCUGGUAAUACGGAAGAAUUUACCGCUUGCUAUGAGAAAGCUAUUGUUCUUUUCUUAGAGAUAGGUCUUAUCGCAGAAGCGGCGAUGUGCUACGAGGGCCUUGGGCAGUUUGGCAAAGUUGCAGAAAUUUGGAAGGAUCGUCAACAAUAUCAAAAGGCUGCAUCUUUCUAUGAGAAAGGCAAUAUGUUCACCGACGCUUCGGAGUGUUAUCAUUCUUGUGGUCAAUACGAGGCUGCAAUCGAGGUCUUGCGCCGCGGGGACCAGUUCGAUGAACUGGUCACCUAUGCCAACAGGAACCGCGAGUAUCUCAGCGAACCCACCUUGCUUCGCUACUCGAGAUUAUGCAAUAUCCUGCUAAAGCAGGGACGUGUCUCUACCAGUCUGAGGGCGAUAACCAUCAACAUGCUUGGAUCAGAUGUGUCCAAGAUCGCUUUCUUCAAAGAGUUUGAAAUGUGGGACCAGUUGCGUGCGCUCUACUCAUCAAAGUCCCGAUGGUUUGAAUAUUACGAUCUGUCAGUGGCCGUCGGUGAAAUUCCUGCGGCGAUAAGCACAUUGCUGGUUCACAAAUUGAUGCCAGUGGUCGACAAGCCAGUUGUCGAAAAAUUGUUCAAUUAUUCCAUGGUCGAAGUCUUGUAUGCCCACAGAGACUUAAUUCCGGGCAAACCUGAGAGAGAUGGGCUGCUGAAAUCAGUCAAGUCGACUUAUCUCGAAAAACUUGGAGCUCAGUGGAAAACGCUAUUGCUGUUGAUCGACGAUUUUGACGACGUGGACUUACCUGCUUCAGUUAAAAACCUGGAUAAAGGUCUUUUGAAAGAUAUCUUCUGUCUCUUUGUGAUCGCCUUCGAGCCGUCGGUCUUCAACAAGCAAAAAGUCGAACACCUUCCCAUGGAUAUUGUCAUCCGGGUUGGAAAGCUGCUGCAGGACUUUUAUUCCCGGAGCCAGUACUCUCUCAGUUCCAUGGCUAUGGCUUGUGGCAUCUUUACCAACCCAAAGCAAGAGAACCAGACGAUCUUGCUUCACUGGUCUCCGUUGAGGACUUACACAGCAACGCCUCUUGAUGGGUCUUCAUUCGAUAACUUGCUUGACAUUGCAAAGGAUUUCAUUCAAGACAAAUUGGCUGCAGCACUUACUCAGUUCCAUGAAAAUGCAUACAGUCUCAUGAAGAAGGAAUUUCCGCCCACAUGUUUCCAACAGCUUUACAAAGGAUUUUGUUCAAAGCUUAAGGCAAAUGAAUGCUUCUGGGGUCAUGAGAAGCCUACUGCAGAAUUCGCCAUUUCGAAGUUGAAUUGCCUUCUCACCAUUGCUGAAGUUUUUGCGCGGCUCACGCCUAUUUACUAUCAAAGAGUCAUGGGUGAGGCAUUUAGCAAACCAUUCCUGGGUCGUAGGAGAACUUGGAUCCAACAACUCCAAGAGGAGCUAGUGAUUGUUAGUUCCCUGGAGCAGUCCUCUACUGCAAUUGCAAAUUUGCGUUCCAACUUGCAAAGCAAUCCAGAGUUUGCUGCAACUGCAUAUUGCCUUGAAGAACUAUUGUUCUAUCGCAUGAACAAGGAGUGGAGCUCGAUGAGCAGUCUGAGUUCUUCUCUAGAGAAGGUCCAAGAAGCUCAAAUUCUCGGCCCUCACCCAGCUACGCGCUUUCAGCGAGCACUCGUUUUACAUAUGGAUCGCAACAUGCCACCGCGCCCUAGGCGAUCCGGCGAUCCUUUAAUGUUGCCUUUGACAGCCUUGAAUGCUGCUGAGAGAAUUCGGUCAGCGGUUGCAAGACGCCAUGCUCAAGAUUUUCACAACGGCAUCAGUGCCUUUGUCCAAUGUCUUGAGAGAACACCCAAAUCCUCCCUUGGGUCACUCCAUGCUGUCCUUUCUGUGCUCGAAUUUACAGCUACGUACAUUCUUUGUAUUGCCAAUCCAGGAAGGGGUAUUGUAAUUCCCUGGUCCUGGGCUCUGCAGCAUCUUUCGACAAUUAUGCAAUCUCCCGCUAAAGCCUAUGGGUUCAAGGACAGAGAAAUCCGAGUGCAAACAACCGACUUGAUGAACAUGGUCAUCAGCUUCUGUGGCCUCAUGGAACAGGUCGAAAGUGGGCUCACUAACGGCAUUCUGAGGUUCCAAGGACUGGGCCGCAGUAAUCUUCCAAUCCCUAUUAUCAAACGGCGCUGCACUGAGCUUCUGACGACCGUCAACCUCAACUUAAACCAUUGGCCCAAGCAGCCAGUCGGCUACAAGGAAAUGGAGAAGACAGUCAAUAAGACGCUUCGCUCAUCCCUUAUUCUACCGGGAAUGGCACUGGAGUUUUCCAACAGUGAUAGGUUCCGGCAAAGUUGCAUCCGCGAGUAUGCGGCCUACAACCACAAAGACGAGCUUUGCGUAAUUGCGCUUGAUGAUAGAAAGUCUGCUCCUCUCUUCCUGCGGUCCUUCACGCAGGGCAACGCCAAAUUCGCCCAGCUAAGUGAUAUCUUGCAAAUAUCACACAUUGCCGAGAACCCGCUAUCCAUGGGACUGGAAGAAGACUGGCAAGUCGAUGAAUACACCGGCUACGAGCUCGACAUGAUCACGAAUCUUCAGCGACGUUGGCGGCAGGUGAUGAAGGUCCUCGAGAACAACCGCUGCAGAGCACAAACCCGCGAGGGCAAACUUAUCCAACACUUCCAUGAGGUGUGCAUGAGACGCAUGAGCGUCCUACCCGCGGCUACUUGGCCAACUCGAGAUAAAAUACACAUGCGCAAAGUGAUAUUCACCGACGGUAUGAAGAUCGCCAUGUCUCUCGAGGGUGUGCUGGACAGUUUCCGACAACUGAGGGAGCGGUGGAGACAACAAUUCGACAGUAAUUGGUCCACCACGAAGCUAGAAGAGCUGUCCAUCAUUCGCGGACGCACUCUUCCGAUCGACGGUCAGCUUGAAUACAUUGUUGAGCACUGGUCUCCCAAGGGCAUUGAGGAGGGUAUGAUGACCGUUCCGGCUGGGGAUCUCGGUAGCUCAGCCCGUGAGGCCCAGCGCGCCCUCUGGGCUGUUCAGCGCGAGAUUGAAAUCAUUCGGUCUCAGGUUGAGAUUAUUGCGAAGACUGCUGACCGAUAA